AUGGAUGAAGCCAAUAAAGAAUUAAUUAAUCAUGUACCACCAUCGAAUUCACGAACAAAAUUACGACCACCAGGGAAAUGUACCCUAGCUAGGAAACGUUUAAAACAUAUAUUUAAUAUGCGAAAAUAUUUUUUAUCAGUUAUUGGUUUAACUGCUUUCGAAGCAUUAUUAGUAUUGUGUCGUGUUAUCCUGGAAACAGAAUCAUUACGUUUACCUGUAAGUGCAAACAUGAUAAUAUUUUAUUGGGGUGUUUUUUAA